AUGAGUCAUUCGAAUUUGAAGUUACGUUUAAUCAGUACUAGAAAUCAUAAUGGGCGCAACUAUAAUUUGUCUUCAGCGCCUGAGGUUGCAGCACUUAUCAUAGGUGAUGUUGAUAUAAAUUUUUGUAGAAGAGAUAUUAUAGUUCAUGAGUUGUCGGGUUAUCCUCAGCGGAUUGAUGAGUUACAUCCAUCUUAUCUAGCUCUUCAAUAUCCAUUAUUGUUUCCGAGGGGUGAAGAUGGUUAUAGAGAUAAUAUUGAACAUCGUGAAGAGACUCUUAGCAAGACCAAAAAGAAGAAGAUGCUUAGCAUGAGAGAGUAUUUUGCAUAUAGACUAAUGUUUAGGGAGAACGAAAUUUCAACAUUGCUACAUGCAGGAAAUUUAUUCCAGCAGUUCAUAGUGGAUGGAUACACAAUGAUUGAGUCUCAAAGGUUGUUAUGGGUCAGAACACACCAGAAGGAGCUUAGAGCAUACCUAUACCAAGGGUUAAUAGAUGCUUUAUUAAGUGGUGAAAGAAAUGCCUCAUCAAUUGGGAAACGUGUCAUUUUGCCUUCCUCUUUUACUGGUGGUGCACGAUAUAUGUUGGGUAAUUAUCAGGAUGCUAUGGCUCUUUGCAGAUAUUUUGGUUAUCCUAGUAUAUUCAUUACUUUUACAUGUAAUCCAGCGUGGCCUGAAAUCACAAGAUAUUGUGAUGGGCUUUCGUUGUCUUCAUCUAAUAGGCCAGACAUAUUGUCUCGUGUGUUUCAUAUGAAACUCAAGGCUUUAAUGUCAACAGUUAAGAAGGAAAAGAUAUUUGGUAAAGUACUAGCAGAUGUUUACACUACAGAGUUUCAAAAAAGAGGGCUACCACAUGCACACAUUUUGUUAUUUCUUGAUAAAAAUGAUCAACUAAAAGAACCGACUGAUAUUGAUAAAGUUAUAUCUGCUGAAAUACCUGAUAGGCACUCAAACCCUGGGUUAUAUGACUUAGUUAAAAGGUUCAUGGUUCAUGGCCCAUGUGGUCAUUUGAAUAGAAAGUCACCUUGCAUGAAGGACAACAAAUGUUCGAAGUACUUUCCUAAGAAGUUUGUUGCCACCACAACAAUUGAUGAUGAUGGGUAUCCUACGUAUAGAAGAAGAGAUGAUGGGAGGACAAUAGAAGUAAAAGGUAUUCCUUUGGAUAAUCGUUUUGUUGUCCCAUACAAUUCAUUUUUAUUGUCCAUAUUUCAAGCUCAUAUUAAUGUUGAGAAGUGCAAUCAAUCCUCUGCUAUUAAAUACUUAUUUAAGUAUAUCAGUAAAGGGCACGAUAGGGUGGUAGCAUCUAUAUAUGAAGGCAGUCAAGAAGGAAGUAGUGAUUGUACGGCUGAUGAGAUUCAUCAGUAUUACAACUUCAGAUACAUUUCUGCUUGUGAAGCUGCUUGGAGAAUUUUUGCCUUUGAGAUUCAUCAUAGAUAUCCUGCUGUUGAAAGAUUGAGCUUCCAUUUGCCAAAUCAGCAAUAUGUCGUAUAUUCUAACAAUGAUGAUGUUGCAGACUUGAUUGAGAAGCCUAGGGUAUGUGAGUCAAUGUUCCUUGCAUGGAUGAAAUUAAAUAUGCAUGAUUUGUUUGCAAAAACAUUGACUUACUCCGAAUUCCCUAAUCACUAUGUUUAUCAACGAUUGAAAAGAAGUUGGAAGCGAAGGGAAAAAGGGUUCGCCAUCGGGAGAAUUACUCAUACACCACCUUCGUUAGGGGAACUUUAUUACCUUCGUAUUUUAAUUACAAAGGUUAGAGGCCCUACUUCUUUUGAAGAUAUCAGGACAGUCGAUGGUGUUGUUUAUCCAACCUUUAGAGCUGCAUGUCAUGCACUGGGGUUGUUAGAUGAUGAUAAUGAGUACAUAAAUGGUAUAAAGGAGGCCUCAUUGUGGGCAUCUGGUUCAAUGUUGAGAAAGAUGUUUGUAAGCAUGUUACUUUCUUCAUCAUUGAGUCGUCCUGAGUUUGUUUGGGAGCAGACAUCCAAGGUUUUGUCGGAGGAUUUAUUGUUUAUCUCACGGGAUGAUCCUAUGUCAUCAAGCGUGUUUAUAUCUGACAGAGAUAGAGAGGAAGCAGCAUUAAAAGAGAUUGAAUUGUUGUUGCAGCAUAAUGGAAAGAGUCUUAUUGAUUAUCCUUCUCUGCCAUUUCCUUCAUCAGUCCCUUUAAUUGAUGUGAGAAAUUAUCUUAUUUUGCAAGAAUUAAAUUAUGAUCGCGAUGCCUUAAGUCUAGAAUCAAGAAGGCUCAUCUGUUUGUUGAAUUUGGAUCAAAGAAAAGUUUUUGACAUCGUGAUGUCAGCAUUGAACUCUUUGCAUGGAGCCUUUUUUUUUGUAUAUGGUUUUGGAGGCACAGGGAAAACAUUUUUGUGGAAUGCGUUGACAUCAACUAUCCGUUCUCGAGGUGAUAUUGUUCUAACAGUGGCAUCAAGUGGUAUAGCUGCAACUUUAUUACCCUCUGGAAGAACUGCUCACUCAAGGUUUGCAAUUCCUCUUCAAGUCAAUGAAGAUUCUGUGUGCAAUAUUAAACAAAAUUCUCCACUGGCUAAUUUACUUCAAGUCACGAAGCUGAUUAUAUGGGAUGAAGCUCCGAUGGUUCAACGAUAUUGCAUUGAAGCAUUUGAUCGUACGUUGAAGGAUAUAAUGCAUUUUGAUCAUCCCUUUGGUGGAAAAUGUGUUGUUAUGGGUGGUGAUUUUCGGCAAAUUCUUCCUGUGAUUCCCAAAGGGUCAAGAGCAGACAUCAUUAAUGCUUGCAUUUGUUCUUCGUAUUUGUGGGAUUAUUGCACGAUAUUUCAAUUGACAGUUAAUAUGCGCUUGCAAUCAUCAUCAUCGGGAGAGGAUCGUACUCGUACCCAAAAGUUUUGUCAAUGGCUUUUAGAUGUAGGUGAUGGUAAAUUGGGUAUGCCGCAUGAUGAAACUGCAGAAAUUGAGAUACCUUCUGAACUAUUGAUUAGUGAAUAUGAUGACCCAAUUGGUGCCAUUGUCUUGUCUACAUAUGCAGAUCUUUUGGAAAAUUUGAACGAUAAUUCCUAUUUUAAUGAUCGCGCAAUUUUAGCACCAACAAUUGAUGCUAUGAAUCGAAUCAAUGAAUACAUGUGUUCGAUUUUGCCUGGUGAAUUUGUUGAUUUUUAUAGUUGCGACUCCAUUUGCAAAUCCUCUCAGGAUGGCGAUUGUAUUGAAGACAUGUACACUACUGAGUUUUUGAAUACAAUAAAUUGUUCCGGGAUGCCUAUGCAUAAGUUGACCUUAAAGAUUGGGACACCUAUUAUGCUUCUGAGGAACAUUGAUCAAGCUUCAGGGUUAUGCAAUGGAACAAGAUUACGGGUUACUCAGCUAGGAAAAUCAAUAAUUGAGGCAGUCACUUUGAAUGGCUCGAUGCCGAAUUAG